AUGUCUUACCAACAACAACAGUGCAAGCAGCCCUGCCAGCCUCCUCCUGUGUGCCCACCUCCACAGUGCCCAGAGCCUUGUCCUCCCCCACAGUGCCCAGAGCCUUGUCCUCCCCCAAAGUGCCCAGAGCCUUGUCCUCCCCCAAAGUGUCCAGAGCCUUGUCCUUCUCCACAGUGCCCAGAGCCUUGUCCUCCCCCAAAGUGCCCUGAGCCCUGCCCACCUCAGCCAUGCCAGCAGAAAUGUCCUCCUGUGUAA